GGCUUUAAAAUCUAAGACCAUCAAAACUUCUAAGACGCAAAAUAUAAUAAUUGGUGCCGAACUGACUGGUAUUUACGGCUCUUUAUCGUGGAUGCAGGCACAUCUUGCUGAUUUUAAAGUCUCUGAAGGCAUAUGUUCUCGAGCUCGCAUUGAACAUGCUGAUUCAGGAUGUUUAUGGUGGGAGCAAAUGUUAUGUUGGAGUAUUCAUGCGAAGAGGCCACAACUCUUCUACAAAAGAACCUAGAAAACGCUAAAGCAAGUUUAGAAGUUCUUGUUGCUAAUCUACAGUUCUUACUGGACCAAGUAACAAUCACGCAGGUUAUGAUGGCUCGUGUGUAUAAUUGGGAUGUUCACCAAAAGAGAAUCCGUCAAGCCGGUGCUCCUGCCAAAUACUCUUAAAGGGAUCUUUCAAGUCGAAUCAUGGUAGCAGAAUGUGUACUCUUGGAUGAGAGUAUGACUUUGAUUUCUCCAUUUUCAAUCCGGUGAAUGAAUUAUGUAUCGCUCUGUUAUUGCAAUGGAUAAGACUGACAACGAGUGAUUUUGGUUAGGUUUAGUUCGAUUUAUUGCAUUAC